AAGCAAGAGGAAAUAGUAUAAAAAGGCUUGAAAACAGAAAAUAAAUUUUGUAAUAGGAAAUAGAUGUUUCCAGAAAGAUUAUAAACAGAAAAUAUUUAGAAUAAUAUAAAAAGGGUCACAAACUCGGAUAGCUGAGGAAUUAUGGAGGAGGUGUGCGAUGUCUUCCCUUUUAAACGUAUUACAGCUAUCAAUAACUUUGUACAAAUCUCCAGUUUGAAAAAAUUGGAUUUUCCGUUUAAAGAUAACUGUAGUGCUUUUAUACCGCAUAUUCCAAGUAAUAAGAAUAAGCUGUAUUAUAAACGAGUUGAAAUAACUUAUUUAUUAAUGCAAAACCUUGAAGGAACUCGAUGGUAUGCUUCUUCCAAAAUACCUCCUCCAAAGAAAAAGAAAAGGGAACAACCAAAACAGAAAAUUUCUGAAUUUUUAAAUAAAUCUGAAGCCGAGUUUUUUGGCAAAGAUUUGGAUGAAGGAGUAUUUAAAGUACCUCAUCCACCCUCUGCUAUCAAGCCACCGCAUUUUGUAUUACAGCCCACUAAAAUAAUAUUGUGGCAAGUAGAACUAUCGAAUGAUUCAUCUACAAUGUAUAAUUGCAUUACUAACCAAUCACAAGACAUUCAAAAUGUUCAGUGCUCGCCAACUGUUCAACCACAAGACGUUCCAAAUGUUCAAAGCUCGCAAAAUGUUCAACCUAACUUUUCAGGUGGAAUGUCUUCUGUAAGUGUUCAACCACAAGAUGUUCCAAAUGUACAGUGCUCGCCAAGUAUUCAACCACAAGACGUUCCAAGUGUUCAACCACAAGACAUUCCAAAUGUUCAGUGUUCGCCAAGUGUUCAACCACAAGACGUUCCAAAUGGUCAGUGCUCGCCAAGUGUUCAACCACAAGACGUUCCAAGUGUUCAACCACAAGACAUUCCAAAUGUUCAGUACUCGCCAAGUGUUCAACCACAAGACAUUCCAAAUGUUCAGUGCUCGCCGAGUGUUCAACCCCAAGACGUUCCAAGUGUUGAACCACAAGACAUUCCAAAUAAUCAGUGCUCGCUGAGUGUUCAACCUAACUUUUCAGAUGGAAUGUCUUCAGUAAGUGUUCAAAUACAAGAUGUUUUAAAUGUUCAGUGCUCGUCAAGUGUUCAACCACAAGACAUUCCAAAUGUUCAGAGCUCGCCAACUGUUCAACCUAACUUUUCAGAUGGAGUUAUGUGUUCAUCCACAAGACGUUCCAAAUGUUCAGUGCUCGCCAAGUGUUCACCAUAACUUUUCAGAUGGAAUUAGUGUUCAACCAGACAUUCCAGAGGCAGAACAGCAAAUGGAAACGAGAUUUCAAUUUUUUAGUAGGUUUACUAAGUCAAUAUGACUUUCUAC